AUGUGCUUGCUAUCUCCUGCCAUUUCCAUCCACCCUCCAUCUGGACUGUCUAAGAAAAUCAGGAAACUGUUCAAGAAAGACAAGAAACCGCCGAAGAAAGAAGGUCUUGGUGCCACCGCCAUGGAUCUUUCGAGUCCACUCACACUUAACAUUUACUCCCAUUGCAUCCGUCUGUAUCCCACAGUACCAUCAACGGUUUCCGACGACAAUCUCGCCAUCCUACCCCUGACCUCUGGCAUUGACUCUCCGGACACCACUUCAACCUGCCUCCUCAGAGGGUCUCUCGCCGACUUCCUUCAAUAUUCCCGCCAAGAGGCGUCGAAGUGGUUGAUUGACAUCGCUCAUGAUAUUUGCGAUCCUCUCAACCGCCGUGGUUCGUUGGUAGUGUAUAAGGAGCAGCAGUGGAUUCUGGUUGCCAACACAGAUCCAUUAACUGCAUCAAUGUACUGCUACGAUCUUCCGCCUGGAGUUACAGUCAGUCUUUCGAAAAUCAGCCAACGUGCGGGUAAAUCCGUUACCAGCUCGGCUGCCAGUGCGGAUGAAAACACCUUGGCCAACCGCCUAAAGGGGCGUGAUGGAAAAUGCUGGAUGUCAGGAAUAAUCGCUCCACUUGCAAACAGUCAUAUCGUCCCCAAGCGCAUGGGGGAUGACACUGCACGAAUCAUCUUCCAGACGUUCACAUCUAUUCCCCCUCCUCCGAACCUGACGCUCUCGGACGAGAUUUUUUGCUUGAGUUUGAGCCUGACUCUCGAUACCUGGUUUGAUGAGUAUGAGUUGGGCUUUCGCUUUGUGUCUCCAAAUGUUUAUGAGUGCCAUUUGUUCAUUAAUCCAGAUCGUGAGGACUCAGGUGCUAAUGAAGAUCUUGACUGGACAAUAUUCGGAGCAUUUACAAAAGAACUCAGAGUGAACUACCCCAUCAUCCAUGGGCGCCGCGUAAGUCCUCCCCAUCCCUAG